AUGCAGCUGACUUUCUGCAGGCUGCGUACUCACCAGUGGUGUUUCCUCCUCUUCAACCUCGUGCUCUUCCACAUUUUGCUCUUCGGUGCAGACCUUGUGGAAGAGUACUUUCUGCGCGCUUUGCCCACCACUUACACUGACGUGAAUGUCCUGGAAGCCAGGGAGGAGGCCCGGAAAUUGGACCUGUCUCCCAUGAAGGCCAACUUCUCCAAGGCUUUUGCCCUCGUCAAUUCAGAGGCCUGCUCCAACAAAGAGAUCUUCCUCCUUGCCCUCAUCUUCAGCGGUGCAGGGAACAUGUCAAGGCGCCAGGCAAUAAGAGAAACAUGGGCCAAUGCGACUAAUGUCCACGGUUAUUCCACACUCGUCUUAUUCCUUUUGGGGAAACCCUCUGAGGAACUCACCCAGUUGGAGAUCCUCAAGGAGACGGAGACCCAUCCAGACCUGAUUCAAGGCAUUUUUCCUGAUGCUCCAGAAAACCAAACACUAAAGACUUUAGUAACCGUGGAGUGGAUUGUAACCUUCUGCUCCCAGGCCAAGUUUGUUCUGAAAACAGACGAGGAGAUGUUCAUCAACCUCCCAGCUCUGGUGGAGUACUUGCUGAACUUAAGACCCCGGCUCGAUGAUGUCUAUCUGGGUAGGGUGGUCCAGCAAGAGUCGCCUGACAGAGAUGCCCAAAGUCUUGGCUUCGUCCCACCACAAAUCUAUCCGGAGAAAUACUAUCCUGACUAUUGCAGCGCGGAGGCGUUUGUCAUCUCUCAGGAUGUGGCUCGGAAAGUCUACGUCACAUCCAAAGACGUCCCACUGUCCUUGCCUCCCGGAGUUUUCAUGGGAAUGUGCGCCAAGAAAGUCGGGGUGGUCCCGGUUCACAGCUCUCGCUUCUCUGGGAAAAGGCACAUCCGGUUCAACCGGUGCUGCUACAAGUUCUUGUUCACAUCCUUCGUGGCGAGGGAGAGCCUGCUGCUCCAGGAAUGGGAGGAGAUCAGCCACGGCAAAGUCUGCACGCUGCUGGAGACCUAUUAUGGGCUGGUUUCUUGCAGAGUCAUGACUUACCUGGACGGAUUCAAAUACCUGAGUGUUGACACCCUUCGGAAAGAAGCCCUGGGUCUUUCUGAUUAAAGGUGUUUGUUU